AAGAGCGAGGAAUUACCUACACGGUUUAGCGUCGUAGAAAUCGACCUGCCGUACAACGCGAUACUGGGGAGACCUUUCCUCCACGACUCAGCCGCCGUGACGAGCAUAAAGGCGCUAACCAUGAAGAUACCGACGAAACAAGGAAUUAUCACGAUACAAGGAAACCGAGCCGAGGCGAAAAAGUGCUACGAACAAGCAAUAAGAGAAUCAGGCGAAGCAAUGGCAAUAGAAGAAAUCCUUAAUCACGACAUCGAAGAAAAAGAAACAGCACCCGAAGGCGAAACAAAGAAACUCCAACUCGACAAGGAGAAAAGAGUAAAUCUCGGCGCAAACAUGAACCCAAAGAUCGAAAGCGAAAUCACAGCCAUGCUGAAAAACAACGUCAAAACCUUCGCUGCUAACGCAUCAGAAAUAGUCGGAAUAGACCCCCAGGUCAUUACUCAUGAUCUAAAUGUAGCAGAAGCGGCGAACCCAGUGAAGCAAAAGAAAAGGAAGUUCUCGGAAGAAAAACAGAAAAUAAUCGCUGAAGAAGUAGAAAAACUGGAGAAAGCAGGAUUCAUACGAGAAGUCCACUACCCCGAAUGGGUAGCUAACGUAGUUAUCGUAAAGAAAGCCAACGGAAAAAAUAGAAUGUGUGUGGAUUACACCGAUCUAAACAAAGCGUGUCCUAAAGAUAGCUACCCUCUCCCAGAUAUCGACCAACUAGGCUUGUACUUGUUUCCAUUUUUGAAAUAA